AUGGCGACCAAAAUACGCUAUAGCGUCCAUACUACUAAUAAAUUCUCUGUUUUUGAUAGUGAUGAUAAUUCAGAAGAAGAAAUUGAAAAUAAAAAUUUAACAGAAUCUCCAAAAAAUGAACCCGAUAUAGUUUAUGAGGAAAAGAUCAUUGAUAAUAGCAAUGAAGUUAAUAAGAUAAUCGAAGUAAAUGAUAAUGUUGCUUCUCCAGUUAUAAAAGAUUAUUAUAACAAGAGAGUGAAUGCUCAUUAUAAUGAUAGAUAUAAAUAUCCAGUGACUAGUAUUAAUGAAGUGAAUGAAAAUACGUAUAGAGGUUAUCGUGAUAAUUAUCAUUUAAGAGGAAAUAAUUUAAGGAAUAAAUUUACAAGAAAAAGGGGUGGCGGAUAUAGUAACGCUUCGACUAAUAUUCUUGGAGGUAGUAAUUUUUACAGAGGUACUCGAAAUUAUGAUUAUAAAAUGAAUAUGGACAGAAGAAACUAUAACCCGUCUUAUAAUUAUAAUAAAUUCGAUUUUAGAGAGAAAAUGUAUAACGAUUAUAAUGAUAACACCAGUAAGUAUGAUAGCAUGAAAAGGGAUAAUAUAAUAGAUUAUAAAAAUAAAAAUUAUGAAGAUAGCAGUAAAGCAGGUAGAAAAUACAAAUCAGUAACCAUAGAUUAUGAUCUCUAUAGAAGACAACAAGAAAAAAAGUUAAAUUCUAAUAAAAAUGCAGAGAAUAACGAUAAAAAGAAAAAGAAAAAUGAAGAGAAUAAUACCGAAAAAAUUAAUAAAGCUACUACUAAUGUACCUAAAAGAAAUGAUACAUUAGAAGAAGAUACAAAAUCAGAUCACCCAAAAAGAAAAGCUAUCAAUGUUUAUCAAUAUAUUUUAGAAGAAGGUGGAAGAGUUGAUAGACUUCCAGGUUUUCGUCGAAGUUAUAGAAGUUUUAAAAAAGUUGAUGAAAGUAAUUGGAAUAAUAAAUAUGAUAAAUCUAAAAUGCAAAUUGAUGAAAAAAUUUUUAAAAAAAGAGAUCCUCCUAAUAUAAAUGAUACAAGAGCUUUUCCAUCUUUAACAAGUAAAUGA